CCCAUGAUCGCAGACGCAACACGCAUCCUCACACCACUGACCUGGGCUUAGCUGUGUCCUGCAUGUGUGUGCAUGUGUGUGCGUGUGUGAGCGGGAGUGUGAAUGAUCCCCAGAAACCAGCAGCAGGAUGGAGGAUCUCAAGGAGAAUCUGGGAACUUUGGAUUGACGCCCGGGGAUAACGCGCAGACGGCCUGAACCUCAUCGGGCUUCUCGUGGAUUUAUAUAUUUGGAUGUUGUCCGUUUUACCCUUUUACCUUUUACUUCUAGGCAGCGGGAUUUUACGCUUGGCUUACAACCCUUAUCGUCUUUGGCGUGCAAAAUGCCAUUCGCCAAAAGGAUUGUGGAGCCGCAGCUUCUGUGCAGACACCCGAUCCCCAAUGAUGAUGGUCUGCUUUUCGAGGACCUGUGUGCCAUCAGUAAUGUGGUUCUUUCCCGGACCUUGCGACAGCUCUCCGACCUGGCCCGACACGCCUGCUCCUUAUUUCAGGAGCUGGAAAACGACAUCAUUAGCACCAACCAACGGGUCUGGGUCCUUCAGAAUAAAAUAGGCCAGAUACAGCAGACUGCCAGUGCCCUAGACCCCAAAAAGGAGGCUGUGCCGGUGUCAAACCUCGACAUAGAGAGCAAGCUGUCGGUUCACUAUCAGGCUCCAUGGCACCAGCAGCACAAUGUAUUUCAUCCUUGCACCCGACCGCCGUGUCUGGAGGAGCUGCACAGAAACGCUCAGCUCAGUCUCAGAGCUCUGCACCGAGACGAACAACAGCGGCAGCGGUCCACGAGUCGGGAGAGAAACAGGGUGACCAUCUCUAUCUCAGUGGCGCCCCCCAUGCCCACCUUCCCUUCGCCCCACACCAUCCGGCGGCAACAGAGGAGUCGCCUGGCAAGAGCGCAAGAGAGAGCAGAAAGGGAGCGAGACUUAGACUAUCAACCCAGGAAGGAGAGGCCUGUGAAAGAAUCAGAAAUCCAGACCAUACAGAGAAAAGAGAGGCCAAGAGAAGCAGAUGUUCAGACGAUCCAAAGAAAGUUUGAGUGCUUUUACUCACUUCACCCUAUUGAAAGUUGCAUCUUCAUUCCAUGGAAUAGAAAGGCUACCUCUACAGGGGAAGGUGAAGGCGGUGAGGUCUUGGGAAGCAACAGAGCCCAGGCCUCAGCCCCCAGUGCACCUUCAACCCAGGAUAAGCAGACAAACUGGUCAAAGGAAAACGUCCCACCAUCAGAUCACAAGUCAUCUGGCGAUUCUCAUGCUAUCUCUUCCUGUAUCAUCCCGAUCAAUGUCACAGGAGUUGGGUUUGACAGGGAAGCAAGUGCUCGAUGCUCUCUAGUCCAUUCUCAGUCAGUUCUUCAGAGGAGAAGGAAGCUAAGGAGGAGGAAAACCAUAACAGGAAUACCCAAAAGAGUACAGCACGAUAUGGAUUCCGAUGAAUCACCUGUGGCAAGAGAGCGCACAGUGAUUAUCCAUGCCAAUCCACAUCAACUCUCGCUCUGUCAGGAAGAACUCUCAGUCAGUGGUCGCCUCCAUCACACUCGUGACUCUGGCUGCCAGACAGAUGAUUUUCUUAUAGCAUGUACAGCUGCUCCCUCCAGAAGGCGUAUUAGAGCUCAGCGAGGCCAUCAGGGAAUUCCUGCCUCUUUGUCCCAUUCAACAGGAAAUAUUUCUUCUCUUGGUGACCAAUCAGACUCAACAUACACCACAGCCACAUCCCAUGGUGGGCGAUUGCGCUCCCGUAGCCUUCCACGAGAGGGUGGACGUCUGAUGGAUAGUGAUGAGGAUGACGAUGACAAUUAUGACGAUGAUGAUGAGGAUGAAGAAUUGUCACCUUACGAAGCAGAGGACUUUAUUCCAGCUGGCCCCAGUCCAAGAAUGAAGAUGAUGAUGAUGAAGGAUGAAGAGGAGAGCACAGAUGACCAAGCAGCUCCAGAGCCGCUACAGCUUGGAAGCCUAAAAAGGCUGCAGCGAACUGGGGAGAGAGACAGAGGAGGUGGAGGAGGUGGAAGCCCAGAGCAUAGCUGGAUGGAGAGGGGUCGUUCACGGUUACCACGCAAGGCUGACAUGGGCAGCUGCGAGAUCUCGUCAAGCUCAGAUACGUUUAGUAGCCCUAUUCAUUCAGUGUCUACAACAGGAGUCUUAGGCAGCCAUGUGGAUCACAAAGAAGACCACCAGUCAUCCAGCGGGAACUGGAGUGGUUCUAGUUCUACCUGCCCCUCACAAACAUCUGAAACCAUCCCGCCACCCUCUUCUCCACCCUUGACAGGCUCAUCCCACUGUGAUUCAGAGCUGUCACUCAACACCGUGCCCAAUGCUAUUGAUGAGGGAUUCUCCCUCGAUCCCUCAUAUCACUCUGACCUCAGACCCCAAGGCCAGGGUCACAGAUCAAGCUCAUUCACAUCCUCAGCCACAGACCAGCUGGAUGAUGCAGGGGUCAGUACAGCCAGUGAAGGAGAGUGGACAUACCCUCCAGACCAAGAUCAGACUGACCAAGAUCAAGACCCUGACCAGACCCAAAACCUGAGCCAGAGCCAUGGGGUAACCCAAGAGUACAGCUCUAAACAUAGCCUUGAAGACCAAGCUGGCUUCAGUGACAAAACGAGCAACACUGAAACAGAGCCUGGCUCUCAUUACCCAUCUGAUACAGAAGGUUUCUAUUCCUCCUCUGUGCAUAUCAGAGAGUGUAAUCAGAGUUAUAGAGGAUACAUGUAUAACUAUGCAGACCAAGGGCCUGACUGUGGUCAGUCCAACACUGUGGCAGCACCACUAUCACAUGGAGUUUACCCUGAGCCCUCAGCUGACUUCAGAGCAGGCACUCUAACCCUGGGGAGGACAUCUCGUUCAUUAAGGAAACCGAAAGUCAAACCUCCACCACCCAAACGAACCUCCUCACUAAAGGAACCCAGUGGUAGUGUUGAUGUCGGAACGGACACACAGGCAGAUCAGGAUCAACCAAAGAUGGUUAUUGAGCAGGAGCUUACUUUGUCUUCCACAGAUAUGAAGCUGGAACUGGACCUAGAGCUUGGAGUUGCUCCAGAACCAUUACAGACAUCCUGUUUAGUGGCAGAGCCUUUGGGAACAUGGGGAAUGGGACUGGGGGAAACCGUGGACAUAGUAGAGCCCAUGUCUUUCAGCUCUGCAGAUACACACUCAUUUAAAGAUGAAGGUGCUGUGCAAUCUGACUAUGCAGACCUUUGGCUUCAUAACAGUGAACUGAAGUCCAACAAUGGUGAGUACACAUCCAUGUCCAACUCAAGCACCGCCACAGGCACUACUGUCAUGGAGUGUAUCAAGUCACCAGACAGCUCUUCCUCUUCCACAGAAACCCAAACCCAGGCCCCUACCCAGGCUUCAGACACCGUGGCAACUAGUUCACCACUCCCACCUGAAGACUUCAAACUAGGGUCUCCUGAGAAACUGGCUGGUCUGGCUUCACCAUCAAGUGGUUAUUCCAGCCAAUCAGAAACACCUACAUCAACCCUGCCCACAUCUUCGGCAGCAUUUUUCCCAGGACCAUUGUCUCCUUCAACUGGCAAGAGGAAGCCCAAAGUGCCAGAGAGGAAGUCUUCUCUCGCUUCCCUGCAGCAUUUCCCCAGAGAUGGAGCUUCCAUUUCCUCUUGCUAUAAGAGAGACCCAGACUUUCCACCUCCACCUUCUCAGCUGGAUCUCAGUAUCCUUCAUGGUGGCUAUGUCAGACACACGUUAUCCCACCGGACUUACCACAUGCACACAUUGCACCAUAGCAAACACAGAGCUGCAAAUGUUUUAGCCACUGGCACAAAGUUGUUGGCUCCUGAAGCAUCAAAUACCAACCCACCACCAAGUUCAAACUCUACAUUAACAAUUCCUAGUUCAAAUCUGUCAGCGAUAACACCGUCUGCUCUUCGAUCAGUGCAGCUUCAUUCUGUUAGCCAAUCUGCAGAUCCACAAAUUACUUACACUACAGACCAGGAAACACCAAGUGUAACAGAAACUGCUACAAGACCCAAAUGUCCUCCUAGUGCUUCUACUCUGGCUCCGCCACCUCCUAACACUAGGCCUCUCCCUCCUCGCAGACCUCCUCCUAGACCACCAGGUCACGAGCACACCUCCUCCCCUGAGCAUGCACAACCAACACCUCCUGGCCGUCAUCCUGAUGGGCCUCCAUCUUAUGAAAGCCUGCUACUUAGACAGGACCGCUAUGGACCUGGAACUUUCUGGGCUAUGACUGCCUUCCGAACCCGAAUGGACCCAUCAUCAGACCUCUCUGAGGACAGCUCACCUGUGCAUCGACCUGUCCCACGUGCUCCCCAUCCAUCUCCUGUGGAUCUACACACACAUAUCCAUUCUCAUAGAGAGUUCAGAGGGCUCACCCACUCAUCUCGUGCACAUCCUGAGUUUAGGGUUUUAGGAGAACGCUCCUUCUCCCAGGAUGAUGAUGAUGAUGAAGAUGAAGAGGAGGAAGAGGAAGAGCACGUGAAAGAACCCCCUAGACCUGUAUGUCCCAGAGGAGGUAUGCGAUCAGAUCAUCCUCCACCCCCAGCAUAUGAGUUUGCUGGGGGAUCCCACUCAGACUCAGGGCCCUGGGCUAGUCCAAUCAAAGUGCCUGGUACCACAAUGGAGACAUUGCAUUCUUACCUAAUCAGUGACCCAAGAAAUAGAGGACACGAAGAACAGGAAGAAGAGGAGGAAGUGACAUCAGGUGCUACCAGAAGUGCCCAGCAACAACAGCCACAGGAAAGCAAAGAUGACUCCACGACUCCUGACACUGAGGAUUACUUCAGUAAAGGGAUGUUGUGUGCUACAGAUUCCACACCCAGUGAUAAUUCGCUCUCCCCUCUGAUGGAUGACACCAAAGUGGAUGAUGACAUCAUUCUCACGUCACCCAAUAAGACCCGGACAACUGAGGACCUGUUUGCCAUGAUACACAGAUCCAAGAGAAAGGUCCUGGGUCGUAAAGAUUCUGGCGACUUAAAUGCUAAGUCUCGUCUCUGCCCUCCAGUACCAGUGACCCCCAGCAACGUGUCCACCGUCAUUAUCCCUCCAGCACCUCCUCUCAACAUUCCAGCUACCUUAGCCACUGCUGUUGGGUCACAACGAGCCCCUGUACCAAUCUAUCGCAGCGCCAAGAAAUCAAGUACGUCGAACGAGGAAUUUAAACUCUUGUUGUUAAAAAAGGGAAGCAGAACUGAUUCCAGCUAUCGCAUGUCAGCUACAGAGAUUCUGAAAAGCCCUAUUACCCCUAAAACACCAGGGGAGUCUGUCCAGGAAGGGCCCAUUAGACAGGGAGAGGAGCCACCCUCUACGCUCCAGGAGAGCCCCAUUUCUGGCCUCGACCCAAUCCAGAUACCAGGUCUUUUUCCCAGAGCCAACUCUGAGAGUUUUGCAUCGAAAACCCUGCCUAUGUCAGCUGCAUCUCGACAAGGACGUUCUCGGAUACCCCCUGUAGCCAACAGUAGUCGCUACAGUACACGCAGUCGCCUCUACACAGCCCCCAUGCAAGCCAUUUCUGAAGGGGAGACCGAGAACUCAGAUGGGAGCCCCCAUGAUGACAGAUCAUCCUAAAGCCACCCGAUGCGUGAUGUCCUCUAUUCUUAGCUGUGCCCUGCAUUUCAAACGGUCCCUUCUACUUUUCUUGGAUGGCUGUGUCAUCAAGGCCAAUGGUGUAAUUCUUAUGACACACAAAAUCUGACUGUUGCAGAAAUAAAUCCGGUUGUGGAUAUUUUAUUCUAUACAAAGGUGUCAAACUGUUGUGAGGAUUUGAACCAUAAAGGUUAUGAAAAACUAUGAAAAAAUAGUGUAUUAAAUAAAUAAUUCCCUCAUCGAAAAAAAAAUGCAAGACUUAUUUUGAUUGAA